AUGCCACGAAGUCGGAUUUCGGAAACAUCAUCAGCUGACCGUGUCGUUGUCGUUUCUGCCCCUGGAAAGCUGAUUCUUUCAGGCGAACAUUCAGUUGUCUACGGUCAUCCAGCUCUAGCAACAGCUCUUCAGUUGCGUUUGAGCAUUCGGCUAGAACGUUGCCAUACGAACAGUAUUGCAUUGAUUUCUCAGACGUUUAGCUUAUCGCUGAGCCUAGAAAAAUAUGCCGAAUGGUGGGCUGACCCCUCGCUUCGCCUGAAUGACACUCAAGACAACAUAGAAAGGAUAAAAGAACUCAUAUCAGCAGAGUUUGAAGUCGAUAGUGGUCAGAUUUCCGAAGCAACAGGCGGAAACGGAACCUUUACCACGCACGAGAGGGGGCUUAUACGCGAUCUAGCAAGCACCUGUGAAAACAUAUUCCACAGUCGAUCCUCUGGUAUCGACACAACAGUGAUUAUAGAAGGCGGUCUCAUCAAAUACCAACCGGGAAAUUUCGAACCAUUCCAGAUCAACCACUCACCUCGAAUACUGAUUGUAGAAACUCAUGUAGAGCGAUCCACAGCUCAACUUGUUGAGUUCGUCCGACGCAGACGUGAUCGUCUAACGGAUAUUGUAAACGGAGUCAUGUCUGCUCUAUCAGAAUGCGUACAUAAGUGGCUCGAACUGUUUCAAUCCGAAGAUAUCCUCGGCUCGUAUCAACAACAACGAGAAUUGGUGGAAAUCAAUCAACACUUACUCGCCUCCUUAGGUGUAUCCCACGCCUCCCUCGAUGCGAUAGUCUCUGCUGCAAGCGAAGUUGGUCUUGCAGCGAAACUAACCGGUGCAGGAGGGGCGGCUGCGCGAUGGUUUUACUUCCACCGAGGUGAGAUCAAGCUUAUGAUUGCUUUAUUUGAACUAAAGAAAAGCUGA